AGCGGGACGCCAUGCUCAGCCGAGGGAGCCCGCUGGCCGGUCUGCGGCCCUUGCUGGCGGCGCGGCGGCGGCGGCGGCUUUUGGCCAACCCGGAGGAGCCCCGGCGGCCGCUUGGUCUCAGCAGCGUCCGCGGCGGGGAUUUCUUCCGAGAAUUUAAAAAGCUGACCAAUUUCCACAACUUCAGGACUGACUUCGAUUCCAUCUAUCCAACAAGAAGUCUCCCUCCUGAGCAGUGCGAUGUAGUGAUCAUUGGCGGUGGGAUAAUAGGCUGGUCCAUUGCCUAUUGGCUGAAAGUCAAAGAAACACGCAGAAAUGCCCUUCGAGUGUUGGUAAUUGAGAGAGACAAUACUUAUUCCAAAGCAUCCACAGUUCUUUCUGCUGGAGGGAUACGGCAGCAGUUUUCAGUGGAAGAAAAUAUCUGGAUGAGCUCUUUCUCAGCAACCUUCUUGCGUUUAAUCAAUGUAUGUUAUGCACUCUGAGUGUUUGGUUCUGUGGCUAACAUUUUCUUCUGCCUGCCUUCCCACCUCGUCUCCCCCAUUGCAUCCUUUGGUGGAGCA